UGGAGCGCGUGUUUAGGCAACCAGCGUACGCGACGUGACACGCCCAGCGUCGUUACGCGUUACCAGCGGCUUGGGUGACGUAGUUGCCCCUGGUAACCUGGAGAGUCGUGGAGAGGAUGGGUCUGCUGUCUAUCUUGCGUAAAUUGAAAAGUGCUCCAGAUCAGGAGGUACGAAUCCUGCUCUUGGGCCUCGAUAAUGCAGGAAAAACCACACUGUUAAAGCAAUUGGCAUCGGAGGACAUAAGUCACAUCACUCCAACACAGGGAUUUAAUAUCAAGAGUGUACAAUCUCAGGGGUUCAAACUCAAUGUAUGGGACAUAGGCGGACAGAGGAAAAUCAGGCCGUACUGGAGGAACUAUUUUGAGAAUACUGAUGUACUUAUAUACGUCAUUGACAGCGCAGAUAGAAAACGGUUUGAAGAAACGGGUCAGGAAUUGGCUGAGCUGCUGGACGAGGAGAAACUGAGCGGAGUCCCUGUGCUGAUCUUUGCAAAUAAACAGGAUUUACUGACGGCUGCACCGGCCUCCGAAAUAGCUGAAGGCCUGAAUUUGCACACGAUUCGAGACCGAGUCUGGCAGAUUCAGUCAUGUUCAGCCCUCACAGGAGAGGGAGUACAGGAUGGAAUGAACUGGGUCUGCAAAAAUGUUAACGCAAAGAAGAAGUAAUGGACUGAAAACAGUAAUGGAUCCACUCAAGACUGCUACACCAACUUUCUAUUCACCUGCAAAGGACUCUGAGGUCACAGCUAACUUGUCUUUUUGCACCAAUUCCCAAUUAAACAGAAAUAAACACUAUAUGCUGCCGACCAGGAGUAGCUCAUUCCAGGCAAAAGCAUGUCCUACACUCGUUUAGCCUACCUGCCAUGUAUUUAAUCUUUUCAAUGGAAGUCAUGUAUCUUUAGACUCCAGUGUAACUGAAGAUCUACUGUAGUUGUAGAAAAGGGUCUUUGUUCAAUGCCUUUUGUACCAUUCAUUGGCAUCAGUAGGUGAUGUAAGAAUGCUUUAUAAUAGUAGCUGCUCUGUAUUAAUGCCCAGGUGACCUCUAUUCACUAUACACCAUUGGAAUGCAAGGGAAUGGAUGGAAAUGUAAGAAAAUAUGUUUACUACAAGAGACACUUUAGAAAUUUUUGUAGCCACGGCUGUUUGUCAUCCCAAGGAACAUUUAUGAAUGGUCAGUAGCUUUCUUCCUGCUCCUCAUCUUUGUGUUUAGUCGCUUUCUGCUGGAUAAUGAGCAAUACUGGUCAUUGGAGUAGACCUGGUAUAACCUACAGCAGCCACUUAGACAUCCUAUCAGAUUCUUCAUUGGGUUUCUUUCCAAUAGUGACAGAAUCGGAUUUGACGCUCAAAGGUCACAGAGUUUUGAGAAAACUUUCGAUUCAAUGCAUUCGGAAAGUCUUCAGACCCUUUCACUUUAGUCACAUUUUGUUAUGUUGUGGCCUUGUGCUAAAUAAAAUCAAAUUCAAGUUUUCACCUAAUCAUUCUGCCCUCAAUAGCCCAGAACAUAAGAACAGAAUGUUAGAAACCUUUGCAAAUGUAUUGAAAAGGAAAAACUAAAAUCUUGCAUUGACAUAAAUAUUCAUACCCUUUACUCAGGACUUAGUUGAAGCCCCUUUGGGAUAAAUUACAGCUUCCAGUCUUCUUGGUUAUGGUGCCACAAGGUAUGCACACCUGAAUUUGGGGAUUUUCUGCCAUUCUUCUAUGCAGAUAGUUGGUGGCAGACAUUUUCAGGUCUUUCCAGAGAUAUUUGACUGGGCUCAAGUCAGGGCUUUGGCUGAGCCACUCAAGGACAUUCACAGAGUUGUCCUUAAGCCACUUCUGUGUUGUCUUGGCUGUUUGCUUAGGGUAAUUGUCUUUCUGGAAGGUGAACCUUUGUCCAAGUCUGAGGUCUACAGCACUCUGGAUCAGGUUUUUAUUAAGAAUAUCUCUGUACUUUGCUCUAUUCAGCUUUCCCUCAACCCCAGCCAGUCUCCCUUUCCCAACCACUAAAAAACACCCCACAGCAUAAUGCUGCCACCACCAUGCUUCACUGUAGGGAUGGUAUCGGGCAGGUGAUGAGCAGUGUCUAGUUUUCUCCAGACAUGUUGCUUAGAAUUGAGGCCAAAACGUUUAAUUCUGGUUUCAUCAGACCAGAGAAUCUUGUUUCUCACAGUCUGAGUCCUUUAGGUGCUGCAGUGAUGGAAGUUUCUCCUAUCUGUACACAUGAUCUUUGGAACUCAUCCAAAGUGACCGUUGGGUGCUUAUCAAUGACCUUCUCCCCUGGCUGUUUAAAACUUCUCCCAUUUAAGAAAUAUGGAGGCCACUGUGCUCUUGAGAAAUUUCAGUGCUGCAGAAAUAUAUUUGUACCCUUCUCCAGAUCUCCCUCUACACAAUCCAGUCUCUGAGAUCUACAGGCAGUUUUUUUUUCCUCCUCAUGGCUUGGUUUUUGCUCCGAUAUGCACUGUCAGGUAUGACACCUUAUAUAGGCAGGGCUGUGUCUUGCCAAAUCACUUCCAAUGAACUGAAUUUACCACAGAUGGACUCCAGUCAAGGUGUAGAAACAUCUCAAAGAUGAUUAAGAGAAACGGGAGGCCCCCAGAGAUAAAUUUCAAGCGUCAUAGCAAAGGGUCUGAAUACUUAUGUCCGUGCAAAAUUUUUAGUUUUUCCUUUUUAAUAAAUGAGCAAACAUUUCAAAAAUUCUGCUUUCUGUCACAUUAUGGGGUAUAUAGUGCACAUUGGUGGGAGGGGACAUGAUUUUUAAUUUAUUUAUUUAACAUUUUUUAUUUUAGCACAAGGCUGCAACAUAACAAAAUAUGAAAGUCCGAAUGCAUUGUAUGUCAUAGAGACAUCAAAAGGUUUGCUUGCUGAGGGUCAGACAACCAAACAAUUGUGAAAAUGAGGAGACAGAAGUGCUCACAUAUCGCGCUCUUUUCUUUUUGUUGCAUGAGAGGAAGCGAAACAUAAUAGUAAGUCUGUUGGCCCGUCCUGAUUCCAUUCCCUGCAGUGAGAAGAGAGGGCAAUGUGUGAGCACUUCUCUCCCCUCGUUCUAGCUAACUAUCUGUGAGGGUCUUGGCACUCUGAUAUAUCAAGUGUUUUCUCAAAGCACAGUGACCCUUUAACCAGUUUUUAUAAUUUACAGGUUUUUUUUUUUUUUUUUUAAACAAUAAAAUGCUAUCAAAUUUUAACAAAUUGAAAUACAGAAUAAAAACCAUAAAGGUAAUUGGUUAAUAAUCUGUUGCAAUUCGCUAUGAAUGGGUCUUAGUAACCAAUUAAACUAUGGUGAUAAAUUUCGUGACAACAGCUUUGUUCACAUAGGGAUAGAUCUGUAAAUAGGUCUGUGUGAUUUUGAAUUAUCAAUUGGCAACAAGCUUUUGAUUUAUAGAUUUGUCUCAUUAACCCAAACGGAACAUGUGCUACAUCAAGAGGUUUUUAAGCAAUUUUUGAUGUUUGGCUGUUCCAUAAAAUUUACAUUAAACUCUGCACCUAAGGCUACAAUAAAUAUUAAAACUACUUAAUGUACUGUAGUACUUUUUUAGACACACUUUUUAGAUAGUUUUUUGACAUUGUGUACAUGAGUUAAAACCUAGAAAAAAAACAACUUUUAUUGCCGUUGUCCAAUCUCAUGCCAGUCAUACUUUCUAGGGUCCAAGAUGCUGUUUUACAGAAUCCUCAACUGACACAGAAGGUUGAUCAAGGGAGAAUUUCUUUCCCUAACAUUAAUUUGAAUGUUCUGAGUAAAGGAAUCACAUUAUUUUUUGCUAACAGUGUAUUGAUAAGGAGAUGCAUUCAUAGGUUACCUCCUUUUUUAGGUCAGUGUACAGGGGAUGGAGGUAAAGGGAACAAGCUCCUUUGUACCUUUUUUUUUUUUUUUAUUGUUCCAAUGCAUAUAACGUUUAAUUUGACAUUUUUUAUUGCUAUGGAGGUCCAUGUUUCCAUGGUAACAGACAACAAACAAACACUGUGUAGUCUGAUUCUUCAGUCAAGCUCUUUGAUCUGUUCCCUAUUUCUUCCUGACCCUCCAAAUGUUAGUGGAUUGUUUUUUAUUUUAUUUUUUCAUCAGAAGAAUUGUUAUCCUAGAACAAUUUAGAGGGAUUUUCUGGACGUUUAAAUAUUGAUAGCCAAUCCUCAGGAUAGGUCAUCAAUAUCAGACUGGUGAAGGCUUGACUCCUGCCGAUCAGUAGAAGCGAUCUCUGUGGCCGCUUCAUAGUAUACCAAACACAGUGCUGGGACCACAGAUUUAGCUUGAGCCCUCAAGCCCCUUUUGACAGCUAAUCGGCCUAGUUUGCGGUUGUCUGGCCCCCACAAAUAAGACAUUGAUGACUUGGCCUGAGGGCAGAUCUUCAGUAACCCUUUUAAGCAAUUCUUUAAAGAAAAUCAAGCAAGAUCUCCUGGACCCCCUUGAGUAUGACUUUGAGAAAUGGUAUAUUGGUUUUAACUUCAGUUACACCUUGACUUUUAGGUCUUGGGUGGUUAGAUUUUAGGGGCAUUACUUGGGACAUUUCCUAAACGUGACCAAAGUUUUUCCAGUGCUAGAUGUUAAGGCAAAUUUUCAAUAAUGUCAGAUGAUAGACAAAAAAUGUGCAGUAGAGAGAUGUCAAAAGUUCAUAUGAAAAGAUGAAUCUUAGGCUAGGUUCACAUCUGAAAAAUUCUGGUUUUCUGCUCUAGCAUAUGCAUGACGCCGCAGGAGCCUGAUGCAUCCCCUUGACUGUAAUGGGGUCCAUCGGGUUUCCAGCAUUGAUACCAGCAUUUUGCCAGACAAAAUACCUUGUUUUGCUCCUGCAUUUUUGCCAGAAUUUGCGAUGAAGGCGCCUACUUAAACCCCCGCUGCCGAUGUGAAUCUAGCUUUAGCUGAUGGUACCAAUUCCAGGAGCUAUGCAAGUUUCAUUAGUGCUAUUGUUGUAGAACUAUGGGGCCAUUGUUCCCCUGGCAAAGUGAUGAAUUUUGAUCAGUUCUUGGGAUCAUGACAAAUUUACAUAAAUCUUCCUACUACACAUCCCCUGGUCUUCACAUUUCUCUGCCCCUUCAUACUCUGUCGGUACACCGCAAUGAUGCACAUUCUGAUUGCUGUUUUUUAGAGUAUACUGUAUAAUAAUCACAAUAAAAGUUGGCUCUGUCUAGUAGGAGACAAUUUACAUAUUUAUUAUAUUGUUUUUUUGUGUGUGCGUGCUGAGAGGAAAGUUAUUCAAAUCAAGUCAUUUCCAAUAUGCACGUUUUGUGUGUGUCAUCAUUUCCAUGGAUUAAAGCUUAAAUAUUUCCAAUA